UUUCUUUUUGUCUAGUGAAAGCCUUUUUCUCUUUCCUUCCCUCCUCCACCAUUUCGCAGCCACCACUAGAACUCACUAUCAACGGCAAGGCCACUAACCACCUCGCGACACCACCCUCAGCCACUAAAAGUAUAGAGUACAAUGACAUGAUUAAAAAUUUGGUUGUCAUUGCACUCUGAAGUAUUGAGUACAUGGCAUAAUUAAAAGUUUGUUUCCAUCAAACAUGCUAGUAGUAGUAGAUCUACAUGACGCUAGAAGCCUAGAAUAUCACUGUCAAGGCAAAAUAAGCUUAAAAUUGGAUUAACAAGCUAUUUGGAGGAUAUUUGUAUUUUGGAUUUCAAUGUUGUAUUGUUUAUUUAGUGGUCUUGCUUGUUUUUUCUCUCUUUUUCCGGCAUGUCAUGUUUUCUCGUCGACAAGCAUGCUAGUUUAGGUUGUAAUGAAUAUUUGUGAUGUUAUGGUGUAGUGCUCUCUGAUGUUUCAGUAGGUGUCGUUUGACUUGGCUUUAUCCUUGCAAAUUGUGUAAUCGUUGCCUAGUUGUUAACUGGUGAAUAAAAACAAUUCUGCUUUCUCAAUGGAUACAAAACAGGGUCUAUAUACUAAUAAGUAAUUCCAAACUAUAUUAUUCUUUUCUUCAAUGAUAACAUAACCACCACGGCAUCUAGACUAACUACUUUGCAUUAACUUAGUAAAAAUUGAUUAAUAAUUGUAUCAUUUAGGCCUCUAGCUGAUAGAUUGUAUUGCUUCUACUACAUAUUCUCCAACUUGUUCUUCUCUUAAUUUUGGAUGCCUAUCCACACCAAACAAGAAAUGGGUGAUUUCAAAGGCUUCUUGACAGUGUCACCUCCUCCCUCUCCCUCUCCCUCAGAUAACUCGAGACUGGCCAUAUUAUGUUAUGGCCUAGUAGUGGUGGGAACUGCAGCCAUAGUAUUAGCCGUAUACAGCCUCAUCAUCAUCAAACGGAGAGGGCGGCGCCACUUGCAAUCACAGCCAAUUAGGUUGGUUGAGGUGGUAACAGCAAGUAGCAGCACUGAGAACUCCCAAACGAGCUUCCUCUCAAGCUUCAAGUACAAGAAAGAAGCUGCAGAAAAAGAAAAUGGUGUUGGUGGGGAUGAUGAUUAUGAAUGCCCAGUUUGCCUAUCAGCUUAUGAAGAAGGGGAAGAGAACACCUGUAAGGACAUUCUGUCAUAUCCCGCCGGAGAAUUCUCGGCACAGGUUGGUGGAAUCCGGUGGUGUCUCAGUUUGAUUGCUGGGAAGUGGGACCGGUGGAUCCUUUGGAACUUUCUCAACAAGGAACAGCCACAUAAAGCAGCCAACUUUGGAUAUCUUGUAUGUGACAAAAGAGGACCAACACAGAAUAAUUUUUCUUUGUAAUAUGAUAUGCAUGUCUAAUUUUUUUCACUCAUGUGUUCAUCUGGAUUUUGAUUCAUUAUCAUUGUAGAACUAUACUAUUGACUUAAGAGAGUAUAAAUAAGAUUGUAUUUAUUUUUAAUUUUAA